GCCACCAACGGCUCCUUGGAAACCAAACACAGGGCUACUGUUUCUCUGUUACAGUACUUUCUUUCCACUGUGGUUGGGAAUGCUAUCAGAGAGACAACAACAGCAGCAACAAUCAUGGAGACUCCAAGUCACUGCCAAAGCCAACAACUUCAACUUACGAUUCAGAUUCGCCGCUGCAACUUCCAAACCCACUUGGAAUUUCUCCUUCUUCCGCCUCUCCAUUCUCCUCAAGUUUCCUAAAUUCGCCUUAAAAUUCGCUUCACACCCCACACAACCACCACACCGACCAGGAUUCUUCGCUACCAAAUUCAUGAAAAUUGUCCACAAACUUCGACCCAGAUUGCCCGGAAAGAAGGAAUCAAAUGUUUCAUAUCCAAAGGUUAAUCGUGUAACUUAUCAGGACCUACAUCGUGUUGGCUUUUGGGUUAUGGGGAUUCUAGCAUGUGUGGCUCGAUCUAUCAGCAAGAGUGGUGAGAGGGGAAUGUUGAUGCUUGGUUCUGUGUGGUAUUUGUUGCUUCUGUUCUGGAAAAUGAAGAUAGUGAAUUUAGUAGCAUUCUUAGUGGUGGUGGGAACGAUAUUUUAUUACUUGUUUUUUAAUUUUGAUUGUAAUUAUUGUUAUUGGGAGUACAUGGCAAGGUCAUGGAAUAAAAUGGUUAAUCUCUGGUAGAUAUGUUUCGUGUUCAUGAGGAAGCUUUUAAGGUUGCCUUAACAGAUAUGAUGUUCUUUUUACAGAAUAUGGAAUUCAAACU